GCGCUUGAUCGCUGGGUGUCGCUCUUCCAAGGGAAGGUGGUGAAGGCACUCGACGGCAUCGUGUCUAAAUGUGGGUUCUGGCCGAAAACGAACAAGAAGCCGAAGGGCGCGGCGGCCGUCAGGGCCCGCGGCAGGAGGUCGCCCGCCAAGACGAAGGGCAAGAUUGCUGCGAAGGCGGCGGCGCAGAGGAGGAAGGCUGGCAUCACGCUUGCCAAGAAGGCCGACGUCUCCAAAUUCAAGCUCGUGGUGCAGGUGGACGAGGCGCACCUCAACAAGAAAAAGCCCGGCGCUCUCCAGAGGGCAGCCCGCCCGCAAAAAGACCAGGUCUGGGUCCGGGGUGCAGCGCGGCAGGGUCGCCCCGACAUUUGGUUCUUCCGCAUCCUGGACCACCCGAACGACGCUUUCGAUGGAAAGCCCCGCGGGCACCAGGAGAUGCUGACCAGCUUCCACCUGCUCGGCAUGCGCAAAGGGACCAUCCUGGUGAACGACUCCUGGACGGCCACGAAGAGCAAGGGGUGGACUGCGAAGGACGUCGAGCACGAGCUGGUGGUGCACUCCGCGGGCGAAAUCAAAAACCCCCGCGGUUUCACCACUAACGGGCUUCAGUCCGUGUGGUCUGUGGUGAAGCGCUGGGUCCGCCGCAAGUGCGGUUGGCGGAUGCCGUACCACUCCGAUCGGCAGAAGUGGCGCGACCUGCUCGCCGAGAUGCAGUGGCGCAAGCUGGCGGCCACCCAGACGCUCGACUACGGCCACACCUUCUUCGUCCCGUUCCGCUCGUUCGCCAACACGUGCGUGCCUGAGCCGCAGUGA